AUGACUUCUGUCACUGUGUCUACUCCGGUGAAGAGCCACCAUGGGCUUUUCUCUUCCAAGACUGCUGGAGGCCGUAUGCCUUUGAGCCCUUCACCAAACCCUCGUGCAAGUGCCCAAGAGUCACCUUUCACACCUCCUCGCCAGUCCGAUUCAAGCCGCACUCAAACCAAGUCUGUAUACGGUGGAAAUCUGUCCGCUCAUUUUGCCAAGUCGUCUGUUUCCAGGACCUCUGUUCCGAAGACGUCCGUUUCGAAGCCAACACGCAGCACCUACCGUGAUUCUCCCAAAUCGAAUAUCGCCCGCACACGCAAGUCACCCAAGCACCUGGAACUCGGAGUCUCUGAUUGGACUCUGACCGGAACAAGCGCCACAACUGCGAAUACUCCUUCGAAAGAGAAGGAACGUGUCGUCCGCAGAGAAGCUCCUCCUCGCACUCGUUCCAGCAAGACGACCGUGCGUAUCUCCCACAACGCUGGUGAUCGUUUCAUCCCAAACCGGGCCGCAAGUGAAGGUUUGGCCACAACUGGUGCUGCGAAGCCCGAAGAGGGUCAACGCCCCAAGAGUGGUGGUGGUGGUGGUGACGGAUCAUCAGUCCUCGCCUCCGCAGCUAGUGCUUUCGACAUUGGUACCCGUGGAUCCGAUGAUGAUCUUGCUGCUGCUUUGGGAAACAUGGGCUUGGAAGACAACGAGCCUUCUACUUAUACUCGGCCGGCUCCUGAUGCCGCUGCCUACAAGUCCUCUCUGGCUGAAGCCUGCGGAGUGAACAUGAACACUCGGAUUCUCGCCUUCAAGCCUCCUCCCCCAGAAUCCUCGAAGCCCAUCGAUCUUCGUGCUCAGUACAACCGUCCUCUUCGCCCUGCCAAGUCCACAGCUGCUCAGUUCCGUCGCCGAGUGCAAACUGCCCCCGAACGUGUUUUGGAUGCACCUGGUCUUCUUGAUGACUAUUAUCUCAACUUGCUCGACUGGAGCUCCGGCAACCAGGUCGCCAUCGGUCUUGAGCGCAAUGUCUAUGUUUGGUCCGCUGAAUCUGGAACUGUUAACUGUCUUUUGGAAACCUCGCCCGACACUUACGUGAGCAGUGUGAAGUGGAGUGGCGAUGGUGCUUACGUUGGAGUUGGCUUGGGAACUGGCGAAGUCCAGAUCUGGGACGUCGAGGAAGGCUCCAAGCUGCGCAGCAUGUAUGGCCAUGACUCCCGUGUUGGUGUCAUGGGCUGGAACAAGCACACUCUGUCCACUGGAGCCCGCAGUGGUCUCGUAUACAACCACGAUGUUCGCAUCGCCGAGCACAAAAUUGCUGAGCUGGUCUCCCACACCUCCGAGGUCUGCGGCCUCGAAUGGCGUGCCGACGGUGCCCAGCUUGCCACCGGUGGAAAUGAUAACCUUGUGAACAUCUGGGACGCUCGUUCCCUCACUGCUCCCAAAUUCACCAAGACCAACCACCGCGCUGCCGUCAAGGCUCUCAGUUGGUGCCCGUGGCAAUCUAACCUUCUUGCCACCGGUGGUGGUUCAUAUGACCGUCACAUCCAUUUCUGGAACACCACGACUGGUGCCCGUACCAACAGCAUCGACACUGGCUCCCAGGUCACUUCUCUGCGUUGGAGCAACCACUACCGCGAGAUUGUCAGCUCCAGCGGAUUCCCCGACAAUUCUCUCAGCAUCUGGAGCUACCCUACUCUGGUCCGCAAUGUCGAGAUCCCUGCUCACGAGACUCGUGUUCUUCACAGCGCCAUCAGCCCCGAUGGCCAGAUGCUGGCUACCACUGCCGCUGAUGAGAGCUUGAAGUUCUGGAAGAUCUUCGAGCGCAAGGCUGGCAGCAGUGCCUCCGCUGCUCGUGAGGGUGGUGUCGGAAGCAAGGCUCAGAUGACCAAGUCAAUGACCAUCCGCUAA